AUGAUUGUUAAUGCUAUGGAUGUUAGUGGUGUAGAAGGUACUUUUAGAAUUACUUGUGAAAAUGUUAUGACAGUUUUAAGAGAAAAUAAAGAUAGUUUAAUGGCUGUUUUAGAAGCAUUUGUAUAUGAUCCUUUAAUUGUUAGAUUACUUGGUGGUAAGGAUGUUGAUGAUGACGAUGAUAAAAUGAAUAAAGAAAAUCAAGGUGAAAAUUAUGUCAUGAAAUCUAAAGCUGUUUCUGUAAUGAGAAGAGUAUUAGAAAAAUUAACUGGAAAAGAUUUUGGAAAUGAAGAAUUAAAUGUUCAUGAUCAAGUAGAUAGAUUGAUUAGAGAAGCAACCUCAAAUGAAAAUCUUAGUCAAUCAUAUCAAGGAUGGUGUCCAUAUUGGUAA